AUGGGCUUCAGCAACCGGGUGCAGGCCGCCAUCACCAAGGCGCAUCUCAGGGCCUUUGAUGAGUUCAGGGCUCUGCCUGACCCCCCUGUGUACACCUUGGAGCUCGGUAUAGCGAAUGCUGAUGCUUUGGCUGCUCCUCCCCCCAUGGAUCGGGGCAGGAGGAGCGCAAGGGAGGUUAACUGCGAUUCCUCGGCGACCCCGCCGUCCCGGAGGGGGAGGAAGAGGAAGGAGGAGGUCCAGGAGGCCGAUUCCGAUGAGGACUGGGACCCGCGCAAGAAGGGUGCCAGUGACUCUGAUACUGAUGUGGACAUUGGGCGUAGGAGGGCCCGGAGGGGCAGGGGUAGCAGUAGCGCCGCACCACGCAGUGGCGGAACCGGGAGGCCACGUGGGAGGCCUAGGAAAACGGAUUCUGCUGCGAAGCCCUCACAGCCUGCAAAGGUGAAGGAUGAGGAGGUGGAAGAGAAAAUAGAGUAUCCAUCGGCCGCCGAAUUGUUGCUUCAGCUUACAUCAGUUGCUUCCGAUCCGUUCAAUUUCAAGGGUUAUGAUUCUGUGGAUGUGAUCUUUAGCUUCUUCUCAAAACACAAGGACUCGAAAGCGCCGAGCGAGUUGAAUGAUAAAGAGCUCUUGGAGAUAUUUGGUGGUAAGAAAGGAAGGAAAAAGUCCGUUGGAAGUUUUACCAAGGCGAAACAUGAGAUUGAGGCAGAACAAUUGGAGUUGGAGACAGUGGAUGGCCAGAGGGGCAGGAGGAAAUCCGCGGGGGGCAUCUACUCGGCUCGAAAGGCGGAAGAUUCUUACUGGUGUGACAUUAUCAUCAGCGAUUUCGACGAUGGAGAUACAUCAAGUGAUUAUGAAGGCCGCAAAAGGAAGCGGGUGUCUCAGAAUAGGAAUGGCAAUAAGAAGACGAAGCAGGAAGUGGCACCUCAAGAUGAGGCUUCUACUGAUCUUCCAGAUAAGAAACCAGCAGAUGGUCCAGCAGCUUUGAUUUUGUACUUUGGUAGUGCAGAAUCCAUUCCUUCAGUGGAUCGUAUCAACAAUGUGUUCCGUGCUCAUGGAACGAUCAUCGAGGGUCAAACUGAGAUCACCAAGAAAUCAAAGACUGCAAAAGUAGUAUUCUCUAACCAUGCUGAUGCGGAACAAGCCUAUAGCACUUCAGGAAAGUACAAUGCUUUUGGUCCAGCACUUCUCACAUAUGAAAUUAAAUACCUGCCAUCUGCUCCUCAAAUUCCUUAG